UUGUUUUGGUUUGAAUUUAAAACUACGAGAAUGUUAUCAGUUUGAGGUUAGCUCAUAUACGAACCGAUGAUAAGUUAUUACAAAGUAUCGUUUGUUCACAUCCGCCAUGAAUUUUAAAAAAUAACUGUUUAUAUCCAAUUGGAAAUACGUAUGAAGAAUUACGUAGAGUGAUAGGUUCCUUAAAGCAAAGAAGUUGGAAAACUACCUAACGAUGUGUCAGCGUUUACGGUUGAGUGUUUCCAUUUGGUGCGUUCUGCUACAACUUGGGUUUGGACUGUGCUAUUUAUACCCGUAUGAAACGCCGACAAGGGAGUUGAGAUCAUUAAAUGGACUAUGGGAUUUUAUAAUACCACCCAGCAACGACAUUGAUCUCGGAUUCAAAGAAGCUUGGUUCGAAAAGGACUUUAAAACUACAAUGGAUUCUAUAAAUAUGCCAGUGCCUGCAAGCUUCAAUGACAUAACAACUAACAAAACCAUACGUGACCACGUAGGAUGGGCCUGGUAUCAACGGACAUUUUACGCACCGGAUCGUUGGCUACAAAAAGAGGGCUAUCCUGUGCGUGUUUUCCUUCACUUUGGAGGUGUACACCACUUGUCAAUUAUAUACUUGAAUGGAGUGCUUGUGGGCAAACACAAAGGUGGCCAUCUGCCCUUCCAGUUGGAGUUGCCUAGAACUGUCCUGGGCACCUUUAAUGUCCUUACAGUGGCUGUCAACAACACCCUGACUCCACACACGAUUCCACAAGGCUAUGUCACGUACCCGAACAACACCAAGAGCUAUCCCGGAGGUUACAGACUGUACCAGCAUCAGUGUGAUUAUUAUGAUUAUUCAGGCAUUAACCGGCCUGUCAUGUUAUUCACGACACCCGCCAAUUACAUCACAGGAGUCAAUGUGAUAACUGAUAUCAAUACAGAAUCUCAGGGAAUAGUGAAGUAUUCAGUGACGACUUCUGCAGACUCAGAAUGUAAUGUAAAAUUGUACAAUAAGGAGGGAGCAUUGGUGACUUUCGCUUAUGGUUGUGGAGGUACACUCAUGGUGGAGAAUCCCCAGCUGUGGUGGCCUGCAUUCACCUGCAACAAGACUGCUGGAUACUUGUACACAUUAGAGAUAUAUCUGAAUGGUGAAUCAGGAUCAGGCCCUGAUAUCUACAGGAUGCCUGUUGGGAUCCGAACUGUCAGUUGGAAUAACACCUCCAUUCUGAUAAACAAUAGACCGAUUUAUCUCAGAGGUUUUGGGAUGCAUGAGGAUUCCGAUAUUCGAGGCCGAGGUUUUGAUUAUGCUGUGAUGACUCGGGACUUGAAUCUCAUCAGUUGGAUCGGGGCAAACGCAAUCCGAACAUCUCACUACCCUUACGCGGAAGAAACUCUGAAUGAAGCGGAUGAAAAGGGGAUAAUGGUGAUUGUCGAGGCACCUGCCUGUAGUUUGAUAGGUUUUGGGGACAAACUAUACCAGUACCACGAGGCCUAUUUGUUGGAGAUGAUGAGCGUACACAAGAAUCGGCCCAGCGUAAUCAUGUGGUCAUUGGCUAAUGAGCCUGAGACCAACUCUGAGAGGGCGGGCUACUAUUUCGGAAAUUUAACCAAAGUUGCAAAAUCAUACGACUCAACCAGACCUGUUACUUUUGUCACAAGCCAGAAUGUUGUCAAUGACACCGCGGUCCCUCACAUGGAUAUGGUUUGUGUGAACCGGUACCGAGCCUGGUACAGCGACUCGGGUCUUACUGAUCUGAUAGUGCAGCAAGUGAUGGAAGAGAUGCGAGAGUGGCACAGCAAGUACAAUCGGCCUGUUGUCGUUACAGAGUAUGGAGCUGGUGCCUUAUCUGGACUGCAUACAUUGCCAGAGACUAUGUGGUCAGAGGAUUACCAAGUAGUCACCCAUCUAGAGCAUUUCAAGGCCUUUGACAUGCUCCGACAGGAAGGAACCAUUGCUGGGGAGCUCUUGUGGAACUUCAUAGACUUCAACACUCCACAAGAAUAUAUACGACCGGGCCGUUGCGUUAAAGGCCUGUUCACACGGGAACGCCAACCCAAGCACGCAGCUCACACAGUUAGGAAUCGGUACCUGCAAUUCGCAAACUGUUGGGCCGACUGUGAACCUUCCUUGGAUAUAGUUUAGUUUACGUAUCAUAGUUACCUACCAAAACAUCCUUCUUCUUCUUCUUACUAGCUGUGACAAUUUUAUAUUAAUAAAUCAUUAAAAUUUAACUUUUAGGGCUCUGUUUAGUAGGUGAUUGGUGACAACUUGAGCUCCAAUUAAAAACUGCAUUUAUAGUAUAAGCAACAAAAUAUAUAUAAAACCAGGUUUCCGUUGAAUGUGUAAUUUAAAAUUUAAAAAUAAGUAAUGAAUAAUUUGUAUAUUUAGAAUGGAUAACCUAUAUUAUUACAUAUUAGGAAUGUUUUCAGUACAUUCUGAUGAGCAGUAGUAUUGGAUUUUGUAGAUAAUAAAACCAGGUUUCCGUUGAAUGUGUAAUUUUAAAAUUUAAAAAUAAGUAAUGAAUAAUUUGUAUAUUUAGAAUGGAUAAAAUACAUAUUACUUAUCAUCAAAUACUAUAGAGUUAGAAGCACAUAUUUUUACUGAAAAGAACCAUGUAUAGUUUUAGUAGUUUUUUAAACAUAAAUAAAUAGUUGAUAUGAUUAUACUAUAUUGUUAUCAAUUUUAAUAUACUGUAUAUUAAUUAA